AUGGCCCAAGCUCCACAAACUCCCGCUUCUCCACGAAUCACAGGAUCUGAACUGCAACAUCCAACAUCGAGUCCAACAGUUGAGGAGCAACCGAAUGAGGGACCGACCGUUGCCGACGAUGAUUAUGAAGAUAUAUAUGAUGGAGAUUCAGCGUACGGUGCAUUUUCGGAUGUAACCGAUACUGCAUCGGUGAGUUCGAGUAUCAUGAAAUUUAGGGAAGAAAAUGGUAGAACGUAUCAUUCGUUUGGUUCGACUGAGCAUUGGGGACCAAACGAUGAAAAAGCUCAAGAUCAACAAGAUAUCAGCCACCAUUUUUGGAGUCUGAUGCUGAAAGGAGAACUGUAUUUAGCCCCAGUUGAAAAUCCACAAAGGAUCCUAGACGUCGGUACCGGAACAGGUAUAUGGGUGAUAGAUGUGGCUGAGAAACAUCCAGCGGCAGAUGUAAAAGGCAUUGAUGUAUCGCCUAUCCAGCCAAUGUGGGUACCCCCAAAUGCCAGAUUUGAAUUAGACGACUUCAAUCUGGAAUGGCAAGACGAAGAGAAAUAUGACUUGAUCCACGAGCGAGAAUUGUUGGGGUCGGUGCCAGAUUGGCCGAAGUUCUAUGAACGAUGCUUUCGAGCUUUGAAACCAGGAGGAUGGAUAGAUUGUUCCGAACCUGGAUUGUAUUUCGAGUCAUUUUAUGACACCCUAGGGCCAGACCAUCCUUACAAACUAUGGGGAACAGCGAUGCUUGAAGCAGGAAACAAUGCUGGGAUGAGUUUUGAUGUUGGACCUUACAUCAAACAACGACUUGAAGAUGCCGGAUUCGUCAAUGUGGUCGAGAAGAAAGUAUGCUGUACGAUUGGUAAAUGGUCGAACGAUACUUGGGAAAGAGAAGUAGGAGUAUGGGAGCAACUUCGAUUAGAAACAGGAGUGCAGGACUUCUGCGAAAGAAGGUUCAUCAACAACCUCGGUUGGACAGCGGAAGAGGUUGCUGUUUUUGCAGCAAAAAUGAGAGCAGCAGUCAAGAACAACAAAUUGCUAGCACACCACUGGUUGUAA